AGACAGAGGCAGCAUGCACGGAGGAUGCUGGGACCAUAUUGUCCGGGGAGGAGGAUGCACCAUCCGCCAAAUGUUGUAAUAUCGACACACUCAUUUCCACGUCAAGCUUUUGAGACGCGGCGUCGUUGAACGGUUUGGUGUUUCCAGCGCAGACCGUUUACAAAUGUGUGUCGCUGGCUGAUAAAUAGGAUUAUUUGGCGGCGCAUAUGCUGUAUGGCUUUAUCUUACUGUGUCUGCGAACGCAAAAUGGGCUGGAGAUGCAUUAUUGGAGUGGAAUGAAUCCAUUUUAUCAGCUUUAAUUGGGGCUCGUCUCGCGUGGACUGGACUGAAUCUUCUUCGUCUGGUUUCAUUCGCUCGUGCUGUUUGGAUGGGACGGGCCACUAUUUGGAUGGACGUUAAAUAAGGCUUAUAAUUUUCGCUCAGCUCUCCACGAAAAAACCCUGUUCUCUCCGUCCGCGUGCCCGGCGGGAUGCGGGUGCAGGUUAAGGAGCUCUCCGUGCUGUUGUGGUGCUGACGCGGCUCUCGGUGAACGCGAGCAUGGCUGCGGGGAAGUUGCUGCUCUACGCCGGUCUGUCUCUGUCCCUCUGCGCGCUUGGGAUGCUGGCUGUGGCGAUUUGCUCCGACCACUGGUACGAGACGGACGCGCGGAGGUACCGAGAGAGGUGUCGGAGUUUCUCCAGCCGCCGGAAGGACCCGGGUUUUAUUUACAUCCCCAACAACAGCCUCCCUCUGCGGGCGAGCCGCUCGCGCCUGGACCGCUGGGAGGAGAAGCUGCUGCUGGCGCGCAACAGACGGCAGCUGUUCGCCAUGAGCGCCGCUGAUGAGUGCAGCAAGCGCUACAACUCCACCAACAUGGGGCUCUGGAGCAAGUGUCAUCGGCUGGGAUUUGACCAAGAAAUCGAAGACCUCAUCCGAAACGGGUCCAUUGCGAGAUGCUCCUACAUCAAGUACCACUACUCUUCGGCCACAAUACCCAAGGAUCUCUCUUAUAACAUCACCAAGACCAUCCGUCAGGACGAGUGGCACUCUCUACAUCUGCGGAGGAUGACGGCAGGGUUUAUGGGAAUGGCGGUGGCCAUCAUUCUCUUCGGCUGGAUCAUCGGGAUGCUGGGAUGCUGCUGGGACCGCGGCCUCAUGCAGUAUGUGGCAGGACUGCUCUUCCUUAUGGGCGGCACAUUUUGCAUCAUAUCCUUGUGCACCUGUGUAGCAGGCAUCAACUUCGAGCUGUCCCGUUACCCGCGCUACAUAUACGGCCUCCCAGACGACAUCAGUCACGGUUACGGCUGGUCCAUGUUCUGCGCUUGGGGCGGUUUGGGUCUGUCCCUCAUCGCUGGCUUCUUCUGCACGCUGGCGCCCUCCGUACAGCCCAUCCCGCGCUCUACAUGCCCUAAAUCACGCCAAGAAAACGGCACCGUGUGUUAAAGAGACGCCUUCUGAAAUAUCCCACAUGCAGCUGCAGGACAAUGGGAGACGAGAUACAUUUAAA